AUGCGAGGCCGAAUGCAGGAGCCGCAAACGGAGGACGCCAAGCAGCAGCGCCUUUUCGACCUCUUAGGAGAGGAGAGCCCAGGCGGGCCUCCCAUCCUCCCAGGCAGCCCAGGCAGGGGCCCCAGGCAGGCAGGGGCCUCUCCCAGGCAGGGGCCUCCCAGGCAGGGAGGAGCCUACAGGUCCGCAGACCAAGAUCGCCGCUUCGCGCAAGCAAAGGUCCACGGUCACGAUGCGGGGCAGUGCGUGUGGAGGUGGCAGGUGAGCAUCAAUGAAGACAGUGUGGGCCAAUUCUGCGGCGGCACGCUGAUCGCACCGGGUUGGGUGUUAACAGCAGCGCACUGCAUCUCAGACAUCCGCAGCGCCUGUAAGGUCCGUGACCUGAAGGUCGGCGCUGGCACCUGGGGACGCAACCUCCAGGCAGAAGUGGGCACUGGGAUGGGUGUGGAGCGCUACGUCAAGAAGAUUUUCGUGCAUCCGAUGUACGAGCAGAACGUCCAGAACGACUACGACUUCGCAUUGCUGCAGCUGGACAAGGCAGUGCCCCUGAACGAGUGCAUCGGCAUUGCUUGCUUGCCGACGGCCGAGGGCGAGAUGGGCACGCAGGAGUUAAGGGAGUUCAGGGAGUGA